CUGAUUUUUUGCAGAAGACCUCUCCAAUCGGAUGUAGUGUUAAAGUUCAAGAAGAGUGACGUCUUCGACGCGACACCUCAUGUUGUGCUAUUUAAUGGUACUGCUGGCAGUGCAGUUAUUGUUGUGACUGGCCGGAAGAUAAGAAGUUCUGCUAUUUUAGAAAUUCAACAAUGCAAUUCUUCUAGCUCUCCACACGGUUGCCCUUUCGAUGUUGUUGGGCUAAGUUUCGACUUCCUUUUACUCAAUGUCAUUGGUUUUGCAUGUUACACUUUGUACAAUGUUCUUCUCUUUUUCGAUGAAGAAAUAAAGGAUAUAUAUCGUGAACUUCACCCACGUAGUCCGCCGCCUGUUCUGCUUAAUGACGUCGUUUUCGCAGCGCACGCGUUUGCAGCUUGUUUGAUUACUGCUCUUCAGUGCUUCUUUUAUGAGAGAGGAAAGCAAAGGAUAUCAUACACGUGUAUGGGGAUAUCGUCGGUUUUUGUUGUCUUUGCGAUUGUCUCGCUUACCCUUACCGUGUUCCGAAUGAUCGAUGCGCUAGAGUUUAUUAUGUUUUUAUCUUAUAUCAAAAUGGCAGUAACACUGUCAAAAUACUUUCCACAGGCAUUUUUUAAUUUCCGAAGGAAAAGCACUGUCGGCUGGUCAAUUGGCAACGUCCUACUGGAUUUGUGUGGUGGCACGAUGGACAUAUUUCAGAUGAUUUUACAAGCUUUGAAUACAGAUGAUUGGAGUGCAUUCAGCGGCAAUCCAGUGAAGUUUGGUUUGGGACUAGUAUCUAUAGUGUUCGACUUCGUAUUUAUCAUACAACACUAUGUUUUAUAUCGAAAUGCUGGUUUGCAGCCUGGUAGGUCCUACGAGGAUAUUGGUGCGCAAAGUGCCACUGGGUCAUCAAACAUGAGCGAUGAAGCAGAGUAUGGAAGUACAGUUCCUAUUCGGAAAGCAUCCGACAGUGAGUCGUCUUGA